AUGGCCAGCUCAACCGACGAGUCGUCCGAAUACGACUCUGGCCCCCGCAGCCGAAUGGAAGACUACCACGCGGCGCAUAGCGGGAGAGGUGCGCCUGCGCCUGCAACUCCAGGAGCAGAUGGAGAUAAGGAGGACCUGUUUCUGAACAUUGCCGCAGACAGCGCGCCCAAGCCCCAGCGCCCAGCAGAGUCCGCAGCAGCGCGCGUCGAUCGAUUGAAGUCACGAGUGGCCCGAGUCAACAACCGGCAGUCGCUCCCCUCUGCGCUGCAGUCGCCCUCGCCCGUGCAGUCGACCUCAGUGACACCAACAACAACAAGCCGCAUACCCUCCGCUGUUGCCCUGGAAGCCAGGUCGAGCGGCAUACGUCGGUCAUCGCUUUUGCCUACUCCCUCCAGAUACGAGCGAUCCCCAAACUCGCCUGCGCCUGACGCAAUACGAACCCGGGAUCUCAACCACAAAGCCUCCUUCACCUCAUCACGAAGAGACGCAGAGCUCUCCCCACGCGACUUCCUAGCCCAGUUCUCAAACUCGUCCAGACGACCAUCUCAGCCUGAGGUGCAACACACGCCGCCAAGUCGCACCCCAGCAUACCCUUACAGGCCGUCAAACCUGUCACACGAGCCACGGACGCCCCAAGUGGAGACGUCGUUUGAGGCUGGUUCACGCGCCGAUGGUACCGAGUCGCAUGGCUCUACAGGGCCUGCUGCGUCUGUGUGGGACGAGCUGGACGAGUUGAAGUCCAGGAUACGGAAGAUCGAGAUGGGCGGCAAGAUACCAUCGACAUCAGGCGCCAUCGUGAAUCAAGCUUCGGCUUCGGCUUCGGCCGAUCGUCCACGAACAGCCAAUACUUCAGCUACGACAGUGUCCUCUUCACCAAACCAGCAGCGCAAAUCGAACCCGUCACCCUCUGAGUCGACAGUGGGCAGUAAUACACCUAACAACAGCAAGACACACCCUCUGCUGCGGGACGCUCUCAGCAAAGCUAGGCAGCAUGUCUCUCCAGCUGUGUACCGCACCCUAGAAUCGACCGCGACAGAAGCACUCGCGUUGGCAGAGAUGAGCGGCAGUGCGGGACCGCAGGGCACACUCCAUUCUGCUAGCUCCAUCAUCAACGGCUCUGUAGUGUCGGAUCGCCAGGUCCGUCGCAAAGCCGACAACCUCUGCCGUAGUCUUACAGAGCUCUGUAUAGCUCUAUGUGACACCAAAACUGGUCUUGCCAGUCCAGCCUUCCGAUCAAAUACAGCCACAAUAUCACGCAGGCCAAGCGUACAAUUCAAUGGCGAUUCGCCGACAAUCCGACAAAGCAUCGAACCCGAAAGCAACACAUUGACUGGCGUCAGCCCUAGCAGAGCCAUGUCACGCAUCGAGGCUCGAAGGACCAGUAUGCUUAUUCCUGAACCCAAUGGCAGCCAAAGAGGUAACAGCCAAGAACCUUACGACGACAGACACACUCCGUCGCGCAUGCAGCGGGCAGGCACAAGCUUCCACCAGACACGCAACAGCGUGGAUGAGGAAGAUGAGGACCCAAUAUUUCGUGCGCCAUCCCGUGCAAUGACCUCCAUCGAUUUUAGAGCCCGUCAUGGUGGUCAGAGUCAAGCAGACAACAAAAAUCGAUUCAGCAGACAGUACACAUCUCGCGAGCCAAUGCCUGACCUACAACCAUCACCUGCGCUCCAAACUACCGCUAGUUUGCGUCGGCCCAGUGUCUCAAGUAGUACGCCCUCGAAUGAGCAUAGUCUACUAUUCCGGGACGGUCAGAGCCGCUACGGUCACAACUUAGGUCGUGAAGGCUCGCCAGCCAACUACGAGAAGACCUUGACAGGGGGUUUACGACCACGAGCGCAAUUGAAUGUUGCUCGGAAUCCGAACAACAGACACUCAGUGGGCGGUGUGUCGGAUAUUGGGCGUAGCGUGAGCUUAGGCAGGCGACUGAGGGGAACAAGUAUCGGAGAGUGA